AUGCCACACCACUUUCUCACCAGAAUUGCGAAACAGCUUGGUCCCAUUAUUUAUCUCCAACUAGGUCAAGUCCCCACCAUUGUCAUCAGCUCUCCUGAACUCGCUCGACUAGUUCUCAAAACUCACGACCACAUUUUCGCGAAUCGCCCUCAACUCAUCUCAGCUCAGUACCUCUCUUUUGGCUGCUCUGACGUCACCUUCUCCCCUUACGGCCCUUAUUGGCGCCAGGCCAGAAAAAUCUGCGUCACCGAGCUACUGAGCCCGAAGCGGGUCCACUCCUUUCAACUCGUCCGAGAUGAGGAAGUAAACCGGCUAGUAACAAACAUUUUAGCUCAGUCCGGGACAGAAGUUGACAUGAGCAAGCAGUUUUUCACUUUAGCAAACGACAUAUUGUGUCGUGUGGCGUUUGGAAAGAGGUUUAUAGAGGGUGUUGAAGGGAAUAAUAAUAAAUUGGUGAAUGUUUUGACAGAGACACAGGCUUUGUUUGCUGGGUUUUGUGUAGGAGAUUUUUUUCCCAAGUGGAAGUGGGUUAACAGGGUGAGUGGAUACAGAAUUAGGUUGACGAAGAAUUUGGAGGAAUUGAGAGCAGUUUGCGAGGAGAUUAUCGAAGAGCAUUUGGCAAGGAAGGAGGGUACUGCUGCUGCUGCAGGAAGAAAAAAUGAUGAAUACUACAGGGAAGAUUUUGUAGAUGUGUUGCUUAGAGUUAAAAAACAAGAUGAUUUGGAGGUGCCCAUUACCGAUGAUAAUCUUAAAGCCCUUGUUCUGGAUCAAGACUACAGGUUUUUGCCAUUUGGGGGAGGAAGACGGGGUUGCCCAGGUUCCGCCUUUGCAUUGGCAACAAUAGAGAUAGCACUGGCUCGGCUUUUAUAUCAUUUCGAUUGGUCGUUCCCUCUUGGAGUUGGACCUGAUGAUACUGACCUUACUGAGAUAUUUGGGCUAGCCACAAGAAAGAAAUCUGCACUUGUUCUGGUGCCAACAGCCUAUACUUAG